UCCAAAACCAACAAAACAUUCCCGGACCGGACUGAUUUUUAUGCAAGGUCUUUGGUUGAAGAAUAGCAUAACCAUUCUUGUAGUUGAAGAGAAGUCAACAGCAACUCCCUGCAAUCAUGGCUUUAACACUAGCAUUGCUCACACCAUCCUCAUUCUCAUUCUCAACCUCCAUUUCAAAUUCUCUAACCCAACAACAACAACACAAUCCCAAAAAACUUGCCUUCUUCUCCGCCUUCGAUCCAAACCCGAAUCAAAAUUUCAACAAAAACAGUCAAAUUCACCAUAAUUUAUCACAUUUUUACAACAAACCCACAAAAAUGCCCCAAUUUCUCACUGCAAAAUCAUCUCCAACUGACCUAGUUGCUCCACUCUCAGGCGCAAUUAACCUCGUCCAAUCAAAUCCCGCUACUUGGCAAUCUGCUAUCUUCUCCAAUGUCGUGAUCUUCGUUCUGGGUUCUCCGAUUUUGGUGUCGGGACUUUCUCUCUCCGGCAUUGUUGCUGCCUUCUUGUUGGGUACUCUUACUUGGCGCUCUUUCGGCUCUCCUGGUUUCCUUCUUGUUGCCACGUAUUUUGUUAUCGGAACUGCAGCAACCAAGGUCAAGAUGGCACAAAAAGAGGCCCAAGGGGUUGCGGAAAAGAGGAAAGGAAGAAGAGGGCCAGGUAGUGUCAUUGGUUCUAGCGCAGCUGGGUGUGUGUGUGCACUUCUUUCGAUAUAUGGAAUAGGUGGGAAGGCACUUUCUCAGCUUUGGCAACUUGGCUUUGUUGCCAGCUUCUGCACUAAGCUGAGUGAUACUGUUUCAAGUGAGAUAGGGAAGGCAUAUGGAAGAACAACGUACCUGGUUACAACAUUCAAAAUUGUUCCAAGAGGGACCGAAGGUGCUGUAAGUGUUGAGGGAACCAUUGCUGGGCUUCUAGCUUCAAUUCUGCUUGCCUUUGUUGGUUAUCUUAUUCGCCAGAUAAAUUUAACUGAAGCUGUAAUCUGUAUAUUAGCCUCUCAGAUUGCUAAUCUUGGUGAAAGUGUAAUUGGUGCUUUAUUUCAAGACAAGGAAGGAUUUCAAUGGCUUAACAACGAUGUUGUCAAUGUCAUUAAUAUAUCCAUGGGUAGCAUCUUGGCCGUCCUGUUGCAACAAGUUCUGCUUCGUAGCGGGCUCUGAAAAAUAGUUCCAUUAACGGAAUACAAAAUAAUGUCUAAGCAGAAUGGUAUGAAAGAGAAAGAGGAGUUGUAGAUUGAACAUUUCCAAGGAAUCAAGGACAUCCAGGUAAUCAGGUUCCAUUUCCAGUAGACAUUCAAAAAAUGGAGCAAACUCAUGAAGCCUCAAUCUCAACGGUGUUCAAAUGGAAGCGAGCAAAUCUCAGAAGUCGUGCUGAAUAUAAGAAAGAGAACUGAUUUGUUAAUAAUAAUAAUAUUGUCAUCUAUAGUGCGUUUUCCAUCUAAAAUAACGACCAGGUGUAUAUAUAUUCAGGUUCAGGUUCAGGUUCUUUCAUUUGAUAGUUUCAUGUAAUGCAUUUUGUAGUUCUGUACAAUGGUUUCCUUUUUUGUUGCUGAGGGAAAUGGUAUAAAUACAAGCAGCGCUACAUUUUGGGUC